CGCAGAGAAACAGACCAAGCGUCAUAAUAGACAUAAAAUUUUGGGGCACAAUACGUCCUCUAAUAUCUACUUCAGCUUAUUAUCUUCGCUACUUUAUCUUCGUUACAAACCCCGAAGGUUUAUCUUGGCGAACCCUGUACAACUCUGUCACGUGACAAACUCCUACCCCAGAGUUUCUUUUGGAGCACAGCCAAUACGUCAUAUCUCGCAAGGGCUCACGGCAGCGUGUAUUAUAGUUUAUCCCUUCUGUGCAACUGCUGCGACUCGUCAUGAACAAACAGGGACCCUCAGCCAUAACAGUGGCAGUGAUAGGAGAAUCAGGAGUCGGGAAAACCACCUUCAUCGACGCACUAACAGCUGGUGAGGGCAAACAGACGGAUGUCUUUUCUGCAGUAGGAGUGGUCGUGAGGAAGCGAAGUAUCCUAAUCGGACGUGGCCUGGUCAGGUUGACCUUCUGGGACAUAGCCGGGUGUGCCAGUGACGAAAGAGAGAGAGAGCGACAAGGCGAAGCUGAAGGACUAGCAACAACAUCAGCAUUACACAGAGCAGACAGACGACAGUACAGAGCUCGAACACCACAGAAUCGCAUGACGGGGUACCUACAAAAUGUAGAUGUCAAGAAAGUAGACGGCUUCAUCCUCAUGUACGGGGUCUACAGAUGGGACACCUUCGGCGCCCUCCUGGAUUCUGUCGACGCCCUGCAGGAACAUCUAGGAGGGAAGCCCGCUCUAAUUGUUGGGAACAAAUUUCGCAACCGUGCCGCUGACGAAGCAGAAGUUAGUCAGUGUAAUGGAAAAGUACUAGCUGAGGAUUUGAGAGCGCACUUCUUCGAGAUUGAUGCUCUCGACGGAAACAAGGUGCGAGAAGCAGUGCAGAACUGGACAAAUGAAGUACUGAGUGUUAUGUGCACGAGGAAGAGGCCAUUGAAGACAGCCGUAGAUGAGGACCGGACACGUUCUGAUAUUCCAUCAUCAAUACCUUCAGUAACAAGAUAUGGUCACCAGAGGCGCCUCAAGGUUAUCUUGGUUGGAAACAGCAAAGUGGGCAAGACAUCUUUCGUUAUGAGGCUGGUCGAGGGAGAAUUUCGAGAGCCAGAGAAUAUAAAACCACAAUUUGACAUCACACGGCACGACAUUGAUGUCGAAGGCCAUACAGUAAAGCUGCAAAUCUGGGCUACUGCAGCACAGGAAAGGUCUCACACUGUGCCCGAGCAGUACUACUACAGACGAGCGGGAGGAGCCAUUGUCAUGUACGACAUCACCUGCAGGAAAAGCUACCUCGAUGUCUCCAAGUGGGUUGCGGAGAUCAAGAAAAAAUCCUCCGCACAACUACUCGUGGUGGUAGCCACCAAACGGGACCUGUCCGAAUCACGUCAAGUGAAAGCGAAAGAAGGAGAGGAGCUUGCCCUCUCUUUGUCCUCCUCAACAAUGACGGUGCCAUUCUUUGAAGUUAGCGCCAAAACGGGAUUCAGCGUUCUCUGGGCGGUAAAACACUUGGCACUGAAAAUGCUGCGAGCUGAAGAUGGCGAAGUUCACGAUGUCUGUCAGCUUCAGAGCCAGGCUGAGCAGCAACAGCAACGCAAAUGCUAUUCCUAAACGACAGACCGUACAGACAGAUGCCCCACGUACACUAUUGUAACUUUGCGAACGAGUUUCAACAAUUGAAAUAAAUUUAAAAUAUUUUGA